AUGAAUCUGGAAACUACGGUUCUUGUCACGGGCGCUAACGGGUUUCUUGGAGCUGCCGUUGUGCUGGAACUGCUUGCCCGAGGCUUCAGAGUCAAAGGUGUUGUGACCUCCCAAGAAAAAGCAGACGCCUUCCUCCGCCAGUAUCCUCAGCAUGGAAACAACCUUCACUUUUGCGUUAUUUCCGACCUUACAGACGAAUUCGCCUUCCUGGAAGAGACCGCCGACGUGGACUAUAUCGUCCAUACUGCGUCUCCAUUCACGCUCGAUUUCCGGGACAACGUUAAAGACUGUUUGAAGCCAGCUGUAGAUAGAACACUCACGAUCCUGCGCGUGGCCUCUCAGCGUCCGGCUAUCAAGCACGUCGUCAUCACGAGCAGCCAGGCCGCCGUCAGUAACAUGAACAACCGGCUCGGAGCCGGGCUAGUCUACACCGAGAACACCUGGAACCCAGUGACAUGGGAAGAAGCUGCCAGCUCUCCUGACCCGCGGUUCUACGUGGAGCAGCAUAAACCCCAUUUCGGGAUAACGACUUUCUGCCCACCCUGGAUAUUCGGCUCACUGAUGCAGCCGAUAGAGAGCUUGGAAACGCUUGACAAGUCGGCCGCAUAUGUAUGGAACAUGAUUUCCAAGGGCGAAAGCGUGAUCCCGCCGACUGUGUUGCCCCUCCUGGUCGACAUGCUGACGCUCACGGUGGGAAGGGCGCAGCUACACGCCGACGCGCUCGUCAACCCCAAAGCUAAGAAUCAGCGGUAUCUCGUAGCUGGCGAAAGUGCAUGGAACGAAGACAUCGUCUACCCCUUCAAAAAGGCAUACCCAGAGCACGCUUCCCGUGCUGCUAAGGGCCCAUAUCGGGAACCAGCAGCACAUUACGAAAUAGACACGACCAAGGUUGAGCGUGAUUUUGCUAUUGAGUGGACGCCGUUGAAGAAGUCUGUUACGGAUAUGGCGAAGGUGCUGUUCGAGAAGGAGCGGGAACUCGCAGGACGCGCUUAA